AUGCCCUUUCGAUCGAUAUGGACGGCGUUUGUUGUUCUUCUCUUCGCCAUUCAGACGAUGUGUGCGGUUAUCGAAAUUCGAGCAGUGGAAAACACCAUCGAAGCUACGGCGAUGACGAUGACACAAUCACCACCGAUUCACGAUGCAGCAUUAGCUCCUGAUCCCCCAGGACUCGAACACGAAGGUCGUGCGAUAUAUGACCUUCGCGGCUCAACCAUCGACUGGAGAGAAGAUGGGAUCCACAGACAAGAAUCAGGACGCGAGGCAGGAUUUCUUCCAGAAUCCUAUGAUGAGUGA